CUACCGCUCUGUCUAUAUAUGGGAUCCAAGUGCCUUGAUUACCUUCUCCAACUCAUUCAUACCUCCUUACCAAGAAAAAAAAAAGGUCAUUCAUACCAGAACAGGAAGGGAAUUAAGCCAAUGGGUGAGAAGGAGAAUCAGAGCCAGAAUGAAGGUGAAAAGAAGGUCGAAGAGAAGAAGGACGACGGUGGGAAGAAGGAAGAUGGAUCGAUAACAGCGGUUUUGAAGGUCGAUUUGCAUUGUGAAGGAUGUGCGAAGAAAGUGAAACGCGCUGUUAAAGGUUUUCAAGGUGUUGAAGAUGUGAAAGGUGAUUUUAGCAGUAACAAGCUGACGGUGAUAGGGAAGAUGGACCCAGUGAAGCUCCGGGAGAGGAUAGAGCAGAAGACGAAGAAGAAGGUUGAACUCAUCUCCCCCUUGCCCAGUAAGGACAAAGAUGGUGGUGAUGGGGAUAAGAAGACGGAAGAAAAAUCGGAGAAGAAGCCAGAUGACAAGAAAAUCAAACAGGCUCCGGCGACGACGGUGGUUCUUAAGAUCAGAUUGCACUGUGACGGUUGCAUUCAGAAAAUCCGCCGGAUCAUUUUGAAGAUUAAAGGAGUCGAAAGCGUGAACAUUGACGCAGCGAAGGAUUUGGUGAAGGUGACGGGAACAAUGGACGUCAAGGGUCUCACGCCUUACCUUAAGGAUAAACUUAAGAGGAGUGUUGAGAUUGUUCCAGAGAAGAAGGACGAUGAAAAGAAGGGCAAAGAAGGUGGCGGAGAGAAGAAGGACAAAGAAGGUGGCGGAGAGAAGAAGGACAAUGAGGGUGGCGGAGAAAAGAAGAACAGUGAAGGUGGAGAGAAGAAGGAUGGCGGCGGUGGUGGUGGUGGAGACGGAGAAAAGAAAGAGAAGGUUAGUGAGGGUGGUGGAGACGACAAAGCUGCCGGCGGUGGCGGCGGUGGAGGAGAGGGUGAGAAGAAGCAGCCCAUAACGGCGGAGGUGAACAAGUACGACUAUUACGCACCUGGGUACGUAGUGGAGUACGUGUACCCUCCUCAGCUUUUCAGUGACGAGAACCCGAACGCCUGCUCCAUUAUGUAAUGUGAAUCUAGGAAACGAGAAGACGAUGUAAAUAGAAAACUAAGUACAGUGGAAAAGGUGUGGAGAGUAUAAAAAGUAUAUAGAGAGAAUGAGAGAGAGGCAGUUCGAUAGGUUUAGUUCAACGAACCGGCCAGGGUAGAUCCGGUGCUGUUGGAUGUUUGGUUAAAUUUUAGAAGAGAAAUAUUUUUGAAUUGUGAUGGUCC